UUGGAGGCGGGCGAAGUAUCCCUGUUUUACUGGCUUCAGUGAUGAACUCCGCUUCCCAGGCACCUUACGUAUUUCUCCAAAAUGCGUUUGGGACCACCAGUUGGCAUUCCUUCCUUUGGGGUGAAAAGGAAGGAGGGGCUGAGAGCGGAGGUUUGAGGCGUGAGCGCCGUUUUGCGUCCCCCAGGGCGGAGCUUCUUUGGGUCGGCGCGGAGCCAGUCUCCCAUGCUGCGGCUGCUCCACCCGCGAGCCUGCCUGUCACUUCAUGCCGCGUCACCUGGGGCGGACUCUGGGCUUUCCCAGAAGGAAGAAUUAAAGAUGAGCAUUUUCAAGGAAGCAGUGACCUUCAAGGACGUAGCUGUGGCCUUCACUGAGGAGGAGCUGGGGCUGCUGGACUCUGCUCAGAGGAGGCUGUACCACAAUGUGAUGCUGGAGAACUUCAGGAACCUGCUCUCAGUGGGAGAGAACAAUAAGAGUGAUUUAAUUACUGUUCAAGACAGAGGAUCACAUGAAGAGCUUUCCUGCUGGCAGAUCUGGCAACAAAUUUCAAAUGACUUAACCAGGUGUCCAGACUCCAUGAUAAAUAAUACUCAGUUCUACCGACAAAGUGAUUCCCCCUGCCAAGUUGGAGCAGGAUUUCCUAUUCAAAUUUCUGAGGAUGAGAACUGUAUACAAAAUCACAAAGCAGGUGAUCGCAGUGAUACUGGAAAUCCACAAUUUCCUACUUUGAGGACCCAGGAUUCUUGGAGGAAAUCUUCUCUGACUGAGUCACAGAAUUAUCAGAAUAGAUAUCAGCAAAUUUCCAUGAAAAAUAAACUGUGUCUGUGUAGACAGGCUAUUGACCCCAUUAGUUGGACUUCACACCACUGUGAUGAUUGUGGAGCACACAAAAGUGAAAAGUCUUAUAGCCCUGAUGAUUAUGGCAAAGAUAGCAUAAAGAAUAGGAUGAUUCACACAGGGAAGAAGCUGUCUGAGUGUAAAGAAGCCUUCAGUGAUCUUUCUAGCUUUGAUCCCCAGCAGCAGUUAGACUCAGGAGAGAAGUCUGUUCCAUGUGUGGAGUGUGGGAAAGGCUUCCAUUAUGACUCAGUUCACCAUGUUCAUCAAACAGUUCAUGUGGGAGAAAAAAAUAAGUGUGCUGAGUGUGGUGAGGAAUUCAGUCACAGCUCACAUCUACAUGCCCAUCAGAAACUCCACCUUGUUGUGAGACCACACAAAUGUGACCAGUGUGGGAAAGACUUCAGUCGAAGAUCAGCACUUAACGUUCAUUGUAAAGUCCACACAGGAGAGAAACCUUAUAAUUGUGAGGCAUGUGGGAGGGCCUUCAGUCAGGCCUCUCACCUCCAGGACCAUCAGAGACUCCACACUGGGGAGAAACCAUUCAAAUGUGAUGCCUGUGGGAAGAGCUUCAGUCGGAAUUCACAUCUUCAGUCCCAUCAGAGAGUUCACACAGGAGAGAAACCAUACAAAUGUGAGGAGUGUGGAAAGGGCUUCAUUUGUAGCUCAAAUCUUUACAUUCAUCAGAGGGUCCACACAGGAGAAAAACCGUAUAAGUGUGAUGAAUGUGGUAAAGGCUUUAGUCGACCUUCAAGUCUUCAGGCCCAUCAGGGAGUACACACUGGAGAGAAGUCACACAUAUGCACUGUGUGUCAUAAAGGCUUUACUCUGAGUUCAAAUCUUCAAGCCCAUCUGAGAGUCCACUCUGGAGAGAAACCAUACAAAUGUGAGGAGUGUGGGAAGAGCUUUAGGAGGAACUCCCAUUACCAAGUUCACAUAGUGGUCCACACAGGAGAGAAACCCUAUAAAUGCGAGUUAUGUGGGAAGGGCUUUAGUCAGAGUUCAUAUCUUCAAAUCCAUCAGAAGGCCCACAGCAAAGAGAAACCUUAUAAAUGUGAGGAGUGUGGACAGGGCUUCAAUCAGAGUUCACGGCUUCAGAUUCACCAGCUGAUCCACACUGGUGUGAAACCAUACAAAUGUGAAGAGUGUGGAAAGGGAUUCAGCCGGGGAGCAGAUCUUAAGAUUCAUUGUCGAAUCCACACAGGAGAGAAACCCUAUAAAUGUGAGGAGUGUGGGAAGGGCUUCAGUCAGGCUUCACAUCUUCUGGCCCAUCAGAGAGUCCACAGUGGAGAAAAGCCAUUCAAAUGUGAAGAGUGUGGGAAGAGCUUUCGUCGUAGCGCACACCUUCAAGCUCAUCAAAAAGUCCACACUGGGGAAAAGCCAUACAAAUGUGAGGAGUGUGAGACAGGCUUCAGGCAUGCCUCAAAUCUUUUGGCCCAUCAGAGAGUCCACAGUGGAGAAAAGCCAUUCAAAUGUGAAGAGUGUGGGAAGAGCUUUGGUUGGAGCUCACACCUUCAUGCCCACCAAAAAGUCCACACUGUGGAAAAGCCAUACAAAUGUGAGGAGUGUGGGAAGGGCUUCAAGUGGAGCUUGAAUCUUGUCAUGCACCAGAGGGUCCACACAGGAGAAAAGCCAUAUAAGUGUGGGGAAUGUGGUAAGUACUUCAGCCAGGCUUCAAAUCUUGAGCGUCACCAGAGUGUCCACACUGGAGAGAAGCCGUUCAAAUGUGAUGUGUGUGGUAAAAUCUUCAGUCGGUCUUCACAGCUCCAGUCUCAUCAGAGAGUUCACACAGGGGAGAAGCCUUACAAGUGUGAGGUAUGUGGUCAGAGCUUCAGUUGGCGAUCAAAUCUUACAAUUCACCACAGAAUCCAUGUUGUUAAUAAAUCCUAUAGAAUUGGUAAGACCAUCAGAGAGUCCACCCAGGAAAAAAGUUGUAUAAAGUGACUUUUUUUGAAGACUCAAGUGUCAUGUGAAUUCUUUUCAUCAUCAUGUCUCAGCAGAAAAAUAGUUAUGUUUUACUAAAGUCU